AUGAGCGACCUACCUGGAUCGCCUGGAUUAACUCCCCAGUUCUGCUUCAACAUCACAGCUCUGAGAGAUUUCCUAAGAAUAUCGAGAGGCGCCGUAGACGACUCCAUCACCCAGAAUCUCAAUGCCCUCGUGACACCAGCCAGGAAGGGCUUCGACCCGAACUCUACCACGGUCAGAACGCCCUCGUCUCGACGAGAAAUAGACCCUCAGUCAUGUCAUGCAUUCAAAGAGCAGGUUCUUUUCCCAUCGUGGCAGUCCAGAUCCGACGUCCUGACAUACUGCGCCUACGUCGCAACAAGCCCAGACCCCAAUGAUCCGGAAACCGCCCUGAGGGAGGCAGAGUCGCUCAAGGAGAGGGAACGCAUCGUCAACGAGCGACUUGACCCGUACUCAGCAAGAUACUUCCCAACCGAACCGCGCACGCAACAGCUGGCCCAGCUACUCCGACAGGAGAGGAGCGUCGAGACCAUCGUGCGAGCUCGGACGUGGGGCUUGGUGAGGGAGAGGUGCAGCGAUUCCGCCGAUAGUUCAGACCAGGCUUUGAACCAGUGGAGGGAACGGCAAGCCUCAGCAACAACGAGGACAAGCUGA